AUGUCGGCAUCACCAACAAAUCUUGAAGUUCAAGGAAAUUUAAUGCGUGUACCACCACCAAAAGAAUUAUCUAGAUCUGUUGAACGACGUCGUUCAUCAGAAGAAGCACAAAAACCUGUUAUACGACGACCAGUAAAUGUAUCAGUACCACGUAAACCUGUUCCAACAAAUACAACGAAACCAGCAACAACGACGAUGAAAGGUGAUGAAUCAGCAGCAAUGAAAGCAAAAAUUGUCAGCCUUGAAGAUGAAAUCCGUCGGUUAAAACGACGUAUUGAAGAAUUAGAAAAAGAUAUAGUUGAAUUACAGAAACAAAUGAAAACAAAAGAUAAACGUAUUACAGAUUUAACGAAAGAAAAUGAUGAUCUGAAAAAACGUGAGUUGAAUUAUCAAAAACAACUUGAAGAUUUUCGUUUGGGAAAUAAUCGUCUAACAACUGAAAAUGAACGUUUACAUGAAGAAAUUAAUCGCCUUCAAAAUCUACAAAAAUCUGCUGCAGAUUCAUCAGCUGAAUUAAAUGCCUUAAAAGAAUAUUAUGAAAGACUAAUGGAACAAAUGAGAGAUAAUCAUCAAAAAGAACUUAAAGCUCGUGAUGAUAAAAUAUCUUUUCUUAAAAAACAAAUAAGUGAAUCAUUAAAAGAUAAUUCCUGGGAACGACAACAACAAAUUGAUGAAUUAACAAAACAACUUAAACGAACACAUGAUGAAUAUGAAGCAUUACGUCAUAAAUUACUUCAAUAUCAAAAUAAGAAAGGAUCAACACAUUGUGGUAAUUGUUCUGAUAUGUUAAUUAAAAUUGAAGAAAAAGCUAAAGCAUUACAAGAAAAAGAUGUUAUUAUAAAAGAAUUAAUAACACUUAUGACCAAAUUCAAAAGUCAACUUUCCAAUCAAGAUGAACUCACGAAAUUAUUAUCAACAUAUAAUAAUACUUCCAUUCGUCAUUAA